CCAAUUCUACGCCCCCUCUACCUAAUUCUUCCUGUUUGUCGGAGCCUCGUCUCUCGCGUCAAUUAUCGCCAUGCUCUCCGCUCGUCUCGCCCGCGCCGGCCUCCGUGCCUCUGCUCAGCAGAUCUCCGUUCCUCGCACUGCUGCUGUCAACGGCCUGCGCUCCUACGCUACCCCGGCCCAGGAAGUCAAGCCUCCUGUUUCUCUCUUCGGCGUUGACGGCACCUACGCCACUGCUCUGUACACUGCCUCCGCCAAGGCUUCCUCCCUCGAUGCCACCUCCAAGGCCCUGAACAACCUCGGUGCUGCCCUCAAGGCCGACCCCAAGCUCACCGGCAUCAUCUCCACCCCUACCCUCACUGCCGCCGACAAGCAGGCCAUCGUCACGGAGCUCCAGAAGGUCGCUGCUGACAAGGGUGACCUUGUCAAGAACUUCCUUGGCACACUCGCUGAGAACAACCGUCUCGGUCUGUUGAACGAGGUCGUUGACAAGUUCGGUGCCCUCAUGAGCGCUCACCGCGGUGAGAUCGAGCUGGUUAUCACCAGUGCUCAGGAGCUCGACAACAAGACCAUCACCCGUCUCGAGAAGGCCGUCUCCAAGUCCGAGUUCAGCCAGGGCAAGAAGCUCAAGGUUGUCCCCAAGGUCAACCCCGACAUCGUCGGUGGACUCGUCGUUGAAAUUGGCGACCGCACCAUUGACCUGAGCGUCUCCUCCAAGAUCGCCAAGCUCAACAAGGCCCUUACCGAUGCUUUGUAAAUUAACAACACCCUACAUCCCCUUUACGCAUCGUAUCGUGUCUCUUUUGUUGUUCCUAUAUCUACCAUCUAUAGCUUUUCUUCCUACACUAUGUACCCUAGCAUCACGCUGCACUACGCGAGAGUCCAUUGAAUGAGACUUGGACUUGAGUUUGGUGGAGAAUA